GUCCAGAUACGGCAGCAUUGUUUUGCCAAGAGCGCUUGAUUAAACGCCUGAAAGUCCCUAAAUCCCAAACCGCCAUGGAAUUUACUUUGAGCUAUUCCCCUCCAUGAGACCCAAUGAAUAGGGUGUUCAUAAUUUGUAGAGGAGCCCCACCAAAACCUGGCUACUUGUCUGUUCAACCGACGACAGGUUUCUUUAGGAAAUUUAAAACAUGACAUACCAUGGACAGGCAAGUUAGUUGCAGAUGUUCUUAUAAGCGUAUCCUUGGCUGCUUUGGAUAGAGCCCUUUGCUUCCAAGCAUCAAGUUUCUGGCGGAACUUCUCCUCAAUGAAUAGAAAAGCAUCUCUCUUAGACCUUCCUAAGACGGAAGGUAACCCAAGGUAUGAAUCUUGCUCUCCGAUACUACCAACCCCCAGUUGUGUUCCCAUUGAUUGUGCAGCAUCCGGAAGGGUAUUCCGACUGAACAUUACUGCAGAUUUGGCCAGAUUGACCCUUUGUCCACUGAGCCCUUCAUACACUUGCAGAAGGGAAAGCAGAGUUGUACAUGAAGAAGAUGAGGCUUCGAGGAACAAAAAGGAGUCAUGUGCAAAGAAAAGAUGGGAAACCAUCGGGCAUGAAGGUCGGAUUCGCACUCCUUCCAAGAAGCACAUAGACACGGCCUGACUCAACAAGCCAGAGAAUCCUUCUGAGCAUAUAGCAAAAAGCAGAGGGGAGAGAGGAUCCCCUGUCUGAUUCCUCUAGAAGGUCGGAAGUACUCGGUUGGUUUACCGUUAAUGGUUAUAGAAUAUGAGACCGUAGUAACACAUUCCUUAAUCCAGGCUAUAAAUUUGGGGUGAAACCCUAAUUCCUUCAUCAUUUCAAACAUAAAAGGCCAUCUAUGCGGUCAUAUGCUUUCUCCAUAUCCAAUUUUAGGGCCAUCCACAUCUUGACCUGCAUGUAUGGUUUUCAGGUGAUGAGUGAUUUCAUGACUGACCAAGAUAUUAUCAGUAAUCUGACGCCCCCUGAUGAACUUGUUUUGGGACCCAGAGAUUAGUCGGGGCAAAACCAGACUAAGCCUAUUAGCCAGGAUUUUUUAGAUUAGUUUGUAAAAGACUUGGCACAAGCUAAUAGGACGUAGGUGCUUCAUGGUUCGCACCUCUGCUACUUUAGGUACAAGGGAUAUCCACGCACGAUUGAAGCUUCUUAGGAGGUGCCCAGAAUGAAAGAAAGCAAGUACUUCUCGGAUGAUAUCGGGACCAACUAUGUCGCAGUAUGCUUGAAAGAAGCCAGCAGUGAAACCAUCCGGUCCGGGUGCUUGAGUUUUUCCCAUACUAAAGACCACCUUCCUAAUCUCUUCCGGUGUGACCGGUGCAAUCAAUCCCAAAUUUUGAUCCUCAUUAACCAUACCAGGAAAAGGUAAAUUAGACAGGCUAAUCCCCUCCAAGCUGUGGCUUUGGGAUAGGUCUUUUAUUUGUGUGAAAGACACAUUAUUAUGUUAGUUCUCAUUAAGUAUUUCAUAUUUGGUUUUAUUUUGUUAUGAUUUGUUCAUUGUUUUAUGAACAAAAAGGGAAGAAACAACAAUUGGGAUCUCGGCGGGUAUCCAUGGGUCGUUCGGGUAUACCCGAUACCCGCUCGGGUACGGGCAUGGUAUAGGAUUUACUAUCCAUGCUCCUACUUCGGGCGAGUUUCGGUAUACCCGGAUAUCGUCACGGGCGGGGAUUGGAUACCCACUAUCCGUACCCAACCCGACCCAUUGCCAACCCUACAUAGAAGUAACGGUAAUAGCGCAAAUGUGGUAUGCACAUUUUCAACCAUUGUAUAGGUAUUAUUCUUGUAUAACGUAACAGCUGGAAACAAAAGUUUAAAAAAAUGAUUUUUAUUAUUAUUUUGUUAAUGGAUCGAUUCCCAUGAUUUUUGUACAUAAGACAUGCCGACUAUGGUGCCCAAACUGAGGCCUGUUAAUAGGGUAGCAAUGGGCCUAACAGCUUUCAGAAAGAUAACUUUGUUUUAGCGUAUACGGCAUAUUCAUGUGAUUGCGUGCUCCGAAUUUGUAUGUUGUAAAUUGUAACAUACAUUUCCUUGGCCUUUGUGAUGAAUUUGUUGACACUGAACUGACCUGACAUAAAAGUGCAUGAAUGCUUUUUCUCUCCGAGAGGAAUUUUCGUGUGAAUAUUCGAUCAAGCAAGUUCGAGGCUAAGGAGUGGGCUAUCAUUACAAGAAUCGAUCGAAUCUUGGUUUGGGGAGAUACAUUCGGGAGUUGAAUUGAAUGAUAUCUAGUUCAAUGCACCGAAGAAAGCCAUAUGGAAUAAUUGGUUUGGGAGGAAAUGGCUAAGCUUCGGAGAAGGAUGUAAAGAAGAAAACAGGAUGGAGAAAAUACUUAAUUUCAUAGUGCUUUAUAUAGGAAAAUCAACACACAUUAAGGUA